AGUAAUCCACAAUAGCUGUUUAAUUUGCAUAUAUGUGUAACAUUAGCAUGUUCCAUUAUUAUUAUGUUCGGUUCAAUUGUUGCCACUUGUGAUUGUGUGGCACCCAAAUGCAAACGCAGUGCAGUUCAGUGAGCGUUUGAGCCAGAAAUCAAGCCAAAAUAGCGGCACUUGAAGUGCACGUCAGCAAGCCAGCUCAACCGCAAAAGAAAGCAAACAGAGGUAUUGCCAUUAAAACUAGAAUAUAACGAGCAUAUCCGUGUGUUUAUUUUUCUUGUGUGUUAAAGUGCAGUGUAUAAAAGAUCAGUGCAUAAUAGCUAAGCAUACCAAUUGUAUGUGUGUUUCAAAAAGUGUUAAUAAUUAAUUGUGCAACAGGUGUUAUAAUUGUUGCAUUGCAGCAUUUCUGUCGUUCCCUUCACUGAGCGCGCGCGCCUGUGUCGCGGUCGUUGUUCUUGCUUACGUGUCGCGCAGUCGCGAAAUAGUCAAAAUGUCGAAACGCUGCAGUGCCAGCAUCGUUGCCACCGUCGUCGUGGUGACGUACCUCGCAGCUACCGCCCACACCACAACCGCCAGUCCGAGCCAAAGAUCGGCAGCGGAAAUCAAUAGUGCCGCAACAGCACAGGUCUCAGUUGUGAAAGAAAUCGAGCACUUUCUAGACAAUCCCCACUAUCUGAGCAAUUCAGAAAUUGGUACGUUGUUCAAGAGCCUCAGCCAGGAUUACCCGAAUCUGGCGCAGGCCUAUAGCAUUGGCCACACGAUAGAGGGCCGCGUCAUGCACGCCCUGGCGCUGAGUGCACCUCCGUCUGAUGUGGCGACGGGUGAUCUGUUGCGGCCUAUGGUCAAACUGGUGGCCAAUAUCAAUGGCGAUGAGGCUCUGGGUCGCCAGAUUGUGCUCUACAUGGCCGAAUAUUUGGCCACAAGCUACUCCACAGAUCCACAAGUUCAGAGCCUCCUCAACACAACGGAAAUACAUUUUCUUCCAAGUUGCAAUCCAGAUGGCUUUGCAGCUGCUAAAGAGGGCAGCUGCGAAUCAUUGCCCAACUAUGUUGGUCGCGGCAAUGCUGCUGGCGUGGAUCUCAAUCGUGACUUUCCCGAUCGUCUGGAGGUGCCGCAACUCAAUCAACUGCGCGCCUCCACACGCCAACCGGAAACGGCAGCGCUGGCGGAAUGGAUUGUGAGCAAGCCCUUUGUGCUUUCUGCGAACUUUCAUGGUGGGGCCGUUGUGGCCAGCUAUCCCUACGAUAAUUCCAUUGCCCAUAAUGAGUGCUGCGAGGAGAGUCUGACGCCCGAUGAUCGCGUUUUCAAGCAGCUGGCGCACACAUAUGCGGACAAUCAUCCGAUCAUGAGACGAGGCAACAAUUGUAACGACAGCUUCGCCGGUGGCAUUACCAACGGAGCCAAUUGGUAUGAACUCACUGGGGGCAUGCAGGAUUUCAAUUAUGCCUUCACCAAUUGUUUUGAGCUGACCAUUGAGUUGAGCUGCUGCAAAUUUCCACCAGCGAGCACCUUGCCCGAGGAAUGGACUCGAAAUAAGCAUCCUCUGCUGGAGCUGCUUAAACAGGCGCAUAUCGGUAUUAAGGGUCUGGUGCAGGACGUGGGCGGCUAUCCAAUUGCGGAUGCCACAAUUGUGGUGUCAGGACUGGAGGACAAAGCCAUACGCACCUCGAAGCGCGGCGAGUACUGGCGUUUACUAACACCUGGUAUUUAUAGCGUCUAUGCAGCCGCCUUUGGCUAUCAAUCGAGUGCACCUCAACAGAUCCAUGUCACGAAUGACAAUGCGGAGGCAUUACGUUUGGACUUCAAAUUAUCACCCAUUGAGACGAACUAUGAUGGCGCCUUUCGCAAGCUGAAGGUGGAACGCGCCGAGCCGGCCAGUGAGCGCGAGCAGAUGUAUGAUGGAUUCCUGACGCCCACAAAGUUUGAGCAUCACAACUACACGGCCAUGGAGAGCUUCCUUCGGAAUAUCAAUGCCAGUUAUCCGUCCAUCACACGCCUAUACAGCAUCGGAAAGAGUGUACAGAACCGGGAUCUGUGGGUGAUGGAGAUCUUUGCCACGCCCGGCAGCCAUGUGCCGGGUGUUCCCGAGUUCAAAUAUGUGGCCAACAUGCACGGCAACGAGGUGGUGGGUCGGGAAAUGCUUCUCCUGCUCACCAAGUAUCUGUGCGAGCGUUAUGGAAGCGACGAGCGCAUCUCCCGUCUAGUCAAUAGCACGCGCAUGCACUUCCUCUACAGCAUGAAUCCGGAUGGCUAUGAGAUCUCACACGAGGGGGAUCGCACCAGUGGCCUGGGCCGGGCCAAUGCACACAACAUGGAUUUGAAUCGCAACUUUCCCGAUCAGUAUGGCACCGACAAGUUCAAUCGAGUGACCGAGCCUGAGGUGGAGGCUGUAAUGAACUGGACACUGUCGCUGCCAUUCGUGUUGUCUGCCAAUCUGCAUGGGGGCUCCUUGGUGGCCAAUUAUCCAUUCGACGAUAACGAGAAUGACUUCAAUGAUCCCUAUUCGCGUCUUCGCGAUGCAACUGUGGGCCACAAAUUGAAUCCCACCGAAGAUCAGGAACUGUUCAAACAUUUGGCGAUGGUCUACUCAGAGGCUCACCCCACCAUGCAUCUCGGAAAUCCGUGCGAGCUAUUCCAGAAUGAGAUCUUCAAGGAUGGCAUCACGAAUGGCGCUCAGUGGUACAGUGUAACGGGUGGCAUGCAGGAUUGGAACUAUGUACGGGCCGGUUGCCUCGAACUGACCAUUGAGAUGGGCUGUGACAAGUUUCCCAAAGCCGCAGAUCUCCCGAAGUACUGGCACGACCAUCGGGAGCCAUUAUUAAAAUUCAUUGAGCAGGUCCAUCAUGGUGUUCACGGUUUUGUGCGCAGCUCCAUAGGCUCGCCCAUUGCAGGAGCCAUUGUGCGCCUCGAUGAUGCCAAUCACACAACAUACAGCGGCCUCUAUGGCGACUACUGGAAGCUGGCACUGCCUGGUCGCCAUAAUGUGACAGUGCUGGCCGAUAAUUUCGCACCACAGCGAGUGGAGGUUGAGGUGCCUGACAAGGAGCCCUUCAGCAUGCGACUGGACGUAACUCUAAUGCGUGACGAUCCCCAGCACUGGGCGUCAGCCAACGACUAUCGCAUCAUCGAGAAUGUCGUCAAUACGCGCUAUCACUCGGACAGCGAAAUUCGCGGACGCUUCGCUGAGGUGGAGAACCAGAUGGGACAGAUAGCCAGCUUUGGCUAUGCGGACAACGAGUUCAGUCAGUACUUUAACUAUCUCAAGCUAACCGAAGAUCUUGGUGCGCCGGAGGAGCACAAAUACAAGAUACUUAUCCUAAGUUCCAUGUUCGAUACGAGUGCGCCACUCGCACGCGAAAUUAUGUUGAAUUUGGUGCGCCAUCUGAUCGAGGGAUACAAGUUGCGCGAAAGUUGGGUAUUGCAGUUGCUGCAGCAAAGUGUCCUUUACUUCCUGCCCCAGACGGAGAAGUUUGCCGACGUCUUCGCCAUGUACAAUGCCAACAACUCCAUUUGUGAUCCUGUACUGCCCGACGAACUGGCCGAUCGUGUGCUCGGUCCCAAAUCGGACCAAGCAAGCGAUAUGCUUUUAAAUUUCCUAAAGUUUGAUCUCAUGCUAACCUUCAGCGCUGGCAGCUCCGAAUUGAGCUAUCCCAAGGGUGAGCCCAUAUUGGAGAAGUUCGCCCAUAGCAUCGAGCGCACCGAGUUCAACUAUUUUCCGAAGCAGUGCGCGGUCACAGCAACCCGUCAGCUGCACCAGGAGAGCACAGAGCGGUUGACCAAUCUCUUCUACAAGCACUACAACCUUCCCAUGUUUACACUGGGCUUAUCUUGCUGUCGCAUGCCACCGCAUACGGAGAUCGCUCAGAUAUGGCGCACCAAUAUUGAGAAGAUCACAAAUUUUCUGCAUUUGGUGGAGACAGGUGUCAAGGGUCAAGUGCAAAACGACAAGGGUCAGCCGUUGCGCGAGGCCUUCGUUCGAUUGUUGGAGCAUCAUCCGGUCUACAAUGUGACUCGUAAUGCCGCCCACUUCCAGAUGAUUCUGCCGAAGGGUCUGUAUGGCCUGGAAGUGAGCGCUCCAAACUAUGAAUCGCAGGUGGUAAAGGCGGAUAUAGUACAUGGCCACAUCCUUGAUAUUGGCAUUGUCAAGCUGCAUCCUUACACACUCAUACGGGGCGAGGUGAGCGAGGUGCACAGCAAGCAGACACAACAUCUCGGCGUUGGCACAACACGCGUCUCGGGUGUGGUGCUCGACACCGGUAAUCACCCCAUACGCAACGCCAAGGUGUCGGUGAUCAGUCCGACCGCAUUCAGCAAUGUCCGCAACUUCACGAACAGCAUGGGCGUCUACCAUUUGGCGGCUGUGCCGCUGGGCGAUGUCACGCUGAAGGUGGAGGCGCCGCGUCACUUUGAGGCAACGCGGGAGCUACAUCUGGCCGAGGCCGGGCAGCCAACCGAGAAUGUGGUCUUCCAUCUGAAGUUUAAUGGACAUGUUUUUGGUCUGCCGCGUAUCGUUUUCAUUAUCAUUGCCAGUGUGCUGAUCAUUGCGGGCGUCGUUGUGUGUGUGCUGUGCGCCCAGUUCUGGUUCUACCGACGACAUCGCGGCAAUAAGCCGUACUAUAACUUCUCGCUGCUGCCCCAAAAGGGUAAGGAACAAUUCGAGCUGGACGACGAUGCCGGUGAUGAUGGUGAGACGGAGCUGUUUAGAUCGCCAAUUAAACGCGGCAUGACCAUACAACCUUACUUCGAUGAGGAUCAGCUGGAGCACAUCCUGAACUCCGACGAUGACGCAGACGAGGAUGAUGAGAGAGGCGAUCGUGAGGACGACCAGCACUAUGAUGUCGAUGAGAGUGGCGAUGAGAUUGUUAUGCUACACAAUCAUGGCAAGAAGCGCAGACAUUAGCCAACAAAAACAACAACAACAACAGCAGCAGCAGCAACAACAACAACACACAACAUAACUGUGAUUCGAACGUUUUAAAAAAGGAAGAAGAAGAAGAAGAGGGUAAUGAAAGCAAAGGAAAAACACGCGAAAUGAAAAUUAUAGCAAUUUUUACAAUUUUUAACAAGUUUUUUUUUUUUGCAAUGUAUUUUGCUUGCGCUGAAUUAGUUAAAUUUGUAUAAUAUUUCUACUGCACAUACAUAUAUAAAACACUUAUAUAUAUAACUAUAUAUAUACAUAUAUGUAUAUUUAUAAUUUAUUAAUUAAUUCGUACAUGACUUGCCUGCAUUUAUAUUCAAAUUGAAACGAUUAGAAAACAAGGAAGAAAAGCCACAGUCUAAUAGUCUAUCCAUUUAGGCGAAUCUCUAAACUUUUUAAGGACACAAAUAUUUAACAGCAAACCGAAGAGAGAACAACCCUCACAUUUAACUAUAAUUAAGACUGAGCGUUGAAAGCUAAACUAAAAACUACAACAACAACAAAAAUAAAAAUAACGAAUAAUUUUUAACAUUUUAUUGUACUUAAAAAAUGUAAGGGCAAGCAAAUUUGUAAACGCUUAAACAUUCCAUGUCGAUUGGUUGGCAAUCUUUUUUUGAUACAUUUUUUUUUAAAUUAUGGUAUAUGUACAUUUUCUAUUUUCUUAUGUUUGUAUGUCUGUUCGGUUAUUUAACACUUUGCUACAAGUUAACAAAUUUCAUUCCAUAUGCUUCGAUGUGCAAUGAUAUUAUAUUACAUAUAUACAAAGCAAAUAUAUGUAUGCAUAUGUAUUUAGCUUUAAAUCAAGAAUACUACGAUUUUAAAACAUCAAUAAAGACAUGAACUAGAAUGCUUAAAUAUAAAUAAAUAUAAAUAUCGAGCACUUUAUACAUAUAUGCGACAUACUAUAUAUAAAUGAUACACCACGAGAAAAUGAUAUCAGCAUAAAGGAUAAUGCUUAUUUAUAUAUUCCAUAGGCUCAGUAGCUAUUUAUAUAUAGAAAUAUAUAGCAAUAUAAGUAAAGGAAGUGAAAGAUUAUGACUUAUACAACAUAAAUACAAAAUAAAUUAUAAAAACCACUUUAAAAACA